UUCAUGCACUCAUCCUCCGAGUAACAUCAGCAUACAAGGAGGAGUCUAGUGAAGUCUCACAUGGUGUGCUGGGCCUGCAUCUCUUCUCUCGCCAAGUAUUCUAUCAUAUCACUCACGUCACGUCGGUCCCGGCGCUUUCUGCAAAGAAGCUCUCUUGUUCGGCGGGACAGUCGCCUUCAGCGUGCCCAAGGCACAAAACAUGAUUUGGAAAAAGUACAUGUUCUGGAUGUUGGUGUUUUUCAUCUUGCAUCCAUAAACAAGCCGAGGAGACUCAUUUUUCUCGUGGAUUGCUACUGGAGCAAUGGACUUUUUCAACAAUUCCCAGAACAACAUCUUCAUGCACCACGACUACCUGGGUGACUACCCGCAAGACAAUGAGACCAACUCAAUUGGCGCGGAACCCAACUCGAUCGGCUGCUUCCAGCUGUGGAUCCCGCAGGAGCUCUUCCUGUCUCUGGGCCUUAUCAGCCUGGUGGAGAACAUCCUCGUUAUGGUGGCUAUCAUCAAGAACCGAAAUCUCCACUCACCCAUGUACUACUUCAUCUGCUGUCUGGCCGUAUCAGACAUGCUGGUGAGCGUCAGCAACGUGGUGGAGACCAUCGUCAUGCUUCUGCACGACCACGGCCUUCUGGACGUGCAACCGGGCAUGCUGCGCCACCUGGACAAUGUGAUCGAUGUGAUGAUCUGCAGCUCGGUGGUGUCGUCGCUGUCCUUCCUGAGCACCAUCGCGGCGGACCGCUACAUAACCAUCUUUUACGCGUUGCGCUAUCACAGCAUCAUGACGACGCAGCGCGCCGUGGGCAUCAUCGCGGCCGUGUGGCUGGCCAGCAUCACCUCCAGCAUCUUCUUCAUCGUCUACCACACGGACAAUGCCGUCAUCGUGUGCCUGGUGACCUUCUUCUGCUCCAGCCUGGUCUUCAACGCUGUGCUCUACCUACACAUGUUCCUGUUGGCGCACAUCCACUCGCGCAGCAUCACCGUCAACUUCCGCAAGAAGCGUCGCCCGUCCACCAGCAUGAAGGGCGCCAUCACGCUCACCAUCCUGCUCGGUGUAUUCAUCGUGUGCUGGGGACCCUUCUUCCUGCACCUCAUUCUCAUCCUUAUCUGCCCUACCAGCCACUUCUGCAACUGCUUUUUCCGGAACUUUAACCUCUUUCUCAUCCUGAUCAUAUGUAACUCUCUUAUAGACCCGCUCAUCUAUGCCUACAGGAGCCAAGAGUUGCGCAAAACUCUUCAGGAGCUGCUCCUGUGCAGCUGGGUCUUCGGUGUUUGAUGCUUAUCGUGGAAGAAGGAAGAGAGACACAGCCGCCAUUCCAAUGACUGGUACAGUUCAGUUCAGAAUGGGAAAAGCUGAUCUCGCAUGUGUUUCCGACGCAGACACGUAUCUUAUAAGCACUUACACUCCAAAAGUAAACUAUUGACUUUUAAGUCAAAAUAUUGCUGCAUAAACACUGAACUUAUUCUGUAUUUAAUCUUUUCUAGUCAAAUCAAUCAAAAACUGGCUGUUGUUUACGUAAAAAAUAUUCGAUUCAAAAUAUGUGUAAAUGGAUGAAAUCCU